UAUCCAAAAGCCACGCCACCACCACCGCUCACGGUACGGGAUUGCAGCCCGGUGUACAGUCGACGUAAAGUGAUAACGUAAGCUUGUGGAAGGGUCCCCUCCUUCCCCCUGACCGGCCUGAUGUACAGAUGAUAAACAUUACCAUCGGUCGCGCGUAGAUAAGAUUACAUGUUGUGCCAUGCACAGAGUCACAUUCGAUCCGCCACCGUCAGACGGACCCCGAACGCCAAGAUUGGAAGCGCUGAAACCAGAGUUCACUCGUGGUGUGCCAUUCGAGCAUUGGAGUGCCGGGGUAUUCGUCCACUUUAUGCGGUGAAAGCAAAUUAGACACCGUUCGACCGUUACCCACCAAGCAUACAGUGUGCGUCUGUCUGCGUGUCGGUGUGACACGAUGAGUGAAGAGAGUGCGGACAACAGCGCGGCCCAGGCGGUCUGCGAGGCCAAGAUCCUGUUUCGUCAGCUGAAGCCAUUCCCAGUGAUUGAUGAGAACAAUAAUUUUAAGAUUGAAACCGCACACUUUCUCGAAUCGUCCAACCAAAUCAUCGAUGCCAUCGCAUGUUUCGGUAAGCUGUUCUCUCCCAUCGUGAAAGAUAUGCGUCAAAACGUUCAGAAAAUAACCGACAAAUACAAACAGAACGAGUCGCUGUUUAAGUACCUGGAGGAUUUAAUCCUGAAGGACAAGGACGGGAACGACAACCCGUUCGACACGGUAACGGACGGUUUGCUGUGGCUUAAAAGGGCAUUCGAAAUGAUGGAGCAAUUCUUUCGCAACCUGCUCGAAGACGAAACGCGCAGCGAACAGGUGAAGCCGCACCUUAAAAAGGCGUACGAGGAGUGUCUGCUGCCGUAUCAUGGCUUUCUGGCUCAGAAGGCAUUUCAGUUACUUCAUUCAUUUCUACCUUCAAGGUCAUCGCUGCUGGGAACAUCCGAUUCCAACAUGGACAAUUUAAAGGCACUCGAGGAAUUUUUAGCACUGUUUCGUGCCAACUUGACCCAUCUGAACGAAUUCUACACCAAACAUGACUUACACCGAACCUACAAAGCGUAGUUCGCGUUUACAAUUUAAAUAAAUGAACUGUUUCUUUUGUACAAAGUAA